CUGUAAAGUCUUGAAAUUGGAAAAGAAAAUUUUGUCCAGUUCUUUUAACUCUUACUCCAGAACAUUUGAGCUUCCUCAAUGGAAUCUUUCUCAAACCAUUUUGUCUCACUGAGUAUGAUCUCAGCUCCUUUACAACCUAGAAAUACAUCUUCCAGUACUUUGAAUACCUCAAAUGGCAGAAAAUGGUGCUGCAGAAUUACCAGUAAAACGAGGCCAGUAAUGGCUGAAGCGCCCUCUGCUUUGACUUACCAGAAAUUUGUUCACUUUGCUUUGGAAGAAACUAGGAAACAUACAAACUUGAGCCCUUCUCCAUUGCAGGAGAAGUUUGGUUGCUUGUCUUCCAUUGAUGGGAAAACAGAGCUCCACGUGCACUCUUUUGAGUCACCUAAGAUUAGACUACUCCGAAGUUUAUGCAUUGAAGGGAGUGAUAAUAUGCAGGUGGCAGACGAACAAGAAAGAGAAAGAAGAUCUCUUUAUUUGAUUGAUAAUGGUCUCAUCAUUACAACAGGGAUGCUGCAGCAGUAUGCCAAUUUUGCCAUCUUUCCCCGAGUAGAGUUUGAUCUCCCAAUUUUUUGUGUCAACCUUUUUACCACGGCAGCCAUGAGCAAAGUUUUAUUGGACCUCAAUCCGUUACACGAUGUCAUUACUCAACACGAUUACAAGAAAAAAUACUAUACACACUUAAUUCCUCUGGGAAAUGAGUAUACCGAGCUUUUCCAAUGGGGAGGAAAGAUCACUUCCGAAUCUAUGAAGUUUUUCUCGCCCAUUGUAAUAUGGAGCAAGUUUCCCCCAAGUCAGCAGAAGCAUCAUCUUUUAUGUUCUGCUUUCUGCCACUAUCUCAAGUCAUGGCUUCAGUUGAUGGACCAUGUAACAGCGGAAACAGAUGCUUCUAAGAUUAUCAUGAAUCUUGAAGCUCAACAUAGGUAUCUCACAUGGAGGGCAGAAAAGGUUGGGUGUUUGAUGAUGAUGGACAAUAUAAAAUAACAAACUACUCCAUGCAACCCGUGUUUUGAGGACUCCGAGAUUUAACAUUUGUUUCCUAAACUCAGGAUCCGGGACAUCAACUUCUGAGAACAUUAACUGGGGAGACACUUGCAAAGGAAAUAAUCAGGAGUUUCCUUUUCAAAGGAGUUGAUGAACUGGGCAGGAAAAUGUUCAUCGAUUACUUCCCCGAGAACAAGUGCGACGACGGGACUGUUAAUUAGAAGCGUAGUAUGGUUGGAAAAUCGUUAGAAAGUCGCCCAUGGGAUACAAGAGGAGAAUUCAUCGGUAACACUUCAAAAUAGAAAAUCUACUUCGGAAAACUUGAGCGAAUCAGCAUCGUGUUCCCAAUCCGUUCCCAAUCCUCCAUAACCCGAUCUCGAAUCGUGAAAAAAAAGAUUAUUCAUUUUUGGGUGACUUUCAAUAGUGCUCUUAUCAUUCCUAAAAUUCGCUCCAACUCUGUCACAUAUAGACGAGCUGAUAUUCAUGAUAGUCAACUGAGCGGCAAUAGAUGCGUUCGAUAAAC